AGAUAGUUAGAUGGCAGGAAAGAGGACAGGGAAGCUGACUAUACAAAAGGAAACAAAUACUUUGACCAAAAGUAAAAUUCUCAAGGAGGUUCUGUGUCCGGGAAUCACUGUGGUUCUGGCGGCAGGUGGACAUCCCAAAUGGAUUCUGCGUUCCUUCUCCUUCUCGGCCUUGGGAAUGCUUGGUGCCAUCUACUGCCUCUUCGUCUCAGCAGCUGGACUCCGAAUGGGACCCAAGUGCUCAAAGAAUGCCAAGUGGGCCUACCACUUACAAGAAAGCUCAGGGGCUUACUUGAGCAACCAUGAGUACUGGAACUUGUGUGAAAAGCCACCCAAUGUGGUGCCCUGGAAUGUGACGCUCUUCUCCUUGCUGAUGGUUGCCUCAUGCCUGGAGAUCUUGCUGUGUAGCAUACACCUGGUGAACCCUAUAAUUUUACCCUUUGUCUGAAAGCACAUGAAAGUCAAUACAAAAAUAAAAAGGAAACUGGCGA